AUGCCGCCGUACGCAUGUAUUCUUGAUGGAAUUACGUGUCCCGCAAUGCAUUAUUUAAUUGGGAGCAGAAUACCGAAAUUUCAGAGAAGUACUGCAUCGACGUUCAUUUAUAGCGGCGCCUUAAUAGGAACCGUCGUCUCUUUACCCGUUUCGGGAAUUUUCUGCAGUUCGGAAUUUUUGGGAGGAUGGCCGGCAGUCUUUUACGUAUUCGGUGGUUUAGGAUGCGUUUGGACGGUAUUUUGGUUUAUUUUUAUUCCUAAUAGACCACUCGAAUCCGUAUAUAAAAAGGAGCAUCUUAAAAAAGUUCCUUGGAUACCUAUUUUGAAAUCUAGAGUGGUCUGGAUUUUAGCCAUUACGCACUUUGGUCAAGGAUGGGGGUUUCUUAUGCUUCUAACCGAAUUACCGACGUAUUUGAGUGCUGUGUUACACUACGACAUACAGCAGAAUGCAUUGUUUUCUGCCAUUCCUUACUUAUUUCAAUCGGUCACCGGAUGGUUUUGUGGAUUUGUGGCCGAUUACGUGUAUAAAAACGGAUAUGCCAGACUGAAUGUCGUCAGGAAAACUUGUAAUACAAUAGGUCUGCAUAAAUUAUAUACAGGUUAUAUCGGUACAGCUCUUUGCUUAAUUGGAGUGGUUCAGGCAGGAUGCGAUCAUCUAAUCAGUAUCUCGUUUUUCACAUUAGCCAUGUCUCUUAACGGAUUUAUCAACAGUGGAUUUUUUGUUUCUAUUAUAGAUAUAGCACCAGAUUUUGCAGGGACUUUAGUUGGAAUAACGGCUACGAUUGCAGCAAUUCCAGGAUUUUUAGCUCCUAUAUUUAUUGGAUAUUUAACAGAGCAUGAGCAAACGGUUAAAAACUGGAGUAUUAUUUAUUAUUUUACUGCGGGUCUUUAUAUUUUGACAAAUACUAUUUAUGUCCUUUUUGGUACGGCCGAACUUCAGCCCUGGGGAGUUCAUUCCUUCGAUAAUUACAAACAACCCGAAGAUAAAUUUAUUUCGCCACCGACGUCUAAAGAUGAUAAAGUUCCCAUUAAUCAAGAUUAAAUUGAUUU